AGAUUUCAUUUAUCUCCCUAUAUAAGGGAAUGUUCAGUUCCAGUGAGUGAGACACGACAAGAGAGACACAUACAAAGAGAUGGAGCUUAAGAGUGUUACUUGUUUGGUUCUUUCUUUGGUUUUGCUUAAUUUGGGUGUUGAGUGUGUUCUUGGAGAUGGAUCUGUGGUUGGCCCUGAGAGGUAUAGAGACAAUGAUUGUAGGUGGGGGCGGAGGUGUGGUGGACGUGGCCGGUUUGGACGCGGUGGUGGAGGAGGGUUUGGUGGUGGAGGAGGUGGAGGGAUUGGUGGUGGUUCUGGUCAGGGUGGUGGGUUUGGAGCUGGAGGUGGUGUAGGCGGUGGUGCUGGUGGAGGCAUUGGUGGUGGAGGGGGAGCUGGAGGUGGAGUUGGAGGUGGUGCCGGAGGAGGACUUGGCGGUGGUGGUGGUGCCGGAGGUGGAGGUGGACACGGUGGAGGCCUUGGAGGAGGUUUUGGGCACGGUGGUGGCGCUGGAGGAGGUCAUGGGGGAGGAGUAGGCAUUGGGAUUGGUAUAGGAAUAGGUGUUGGGGUUGGUGGAGGCUCCGGUCAUGGUUCCGGCAGUGGAAGCGGUAGCGGUGGUGGUGGCCAUUAAUCAAAACGACUUAUUAUUACUACUCAUCUUAGUACUUUUAUGUCCUCUUGCAUUUGUUUUUAAUCACAAAACACCAAAAAAACAUGUAUGAUACAUCAGUUUUCAUUUCAAAAUGUGAUUUCUCCUAUUUUUGUUUAAGAAUGCUUUCGAUAAUCACAAUAAGAAAAUAUUGUUCAAUACGGAUUGAUCUUAAAUGUUUUGAAUGAAAGGAACAUAUCUAUA